AUGAAGUCUCUCUCGAGUCUAUGGGAAAAACUCUCUUUGUCAGAAUCUGAGGGGAGGCGUUUUGUUGUGGAGGAGAACGAUGAAGUCAGAGAGUUCUUCUUGGCUGCAAGGUUCUACACAGGUUGGAUGCUAAAUAUGGAGGUGAUUGCAAAAACUUUGAAGGGUAUAUGGAGAACCAGAAGGGGUUUUGAAGUUAGAGACAUGGGUGAACACAGGGUAUUGUUUAUUUUCCGGGAGGAAGGGGAUGUGGAGCAAAUCAUGAAAGGGGAGCCAUGGACUUUCGACAAACACCUUGUGGCAUUGAAAAGGAUUGAGAAACAUACGAAUUUAAGCCAGAUUCAGUUUGAGACUACUUAUAUGUGGGUACAACUGCAUAACUUACCUAUAGGGAUAUCUUUUAGUGCUGCAAAGAUUAUUGUUUCGGAAGUAGGCAAGGUGUUUGAGAAUAAUUUGGAAGAAAAGGAGUAUGAAGGCAGCAACUUUGUUCGUGUAAGGUGGCGUGGCAAGCUUACACAUAUGGAUAGGGACUGUCCAAUCUGGUUGAAGGGCAAGCAAGCUUUGAAGAAAACUGAACAACAAUUUGGGUCCUAG